AUGACGACCAGGGAGCAACGACGGGAAGAAUAUUCGUCCUCGGUACGAGUCAUGUCGCCGUCUCGGUCGCUUACACCCACAACUCACGGCCAUCAGUUCGAUAACAGAUUGGAUAAUCUCCUGGAAGACCUGCAGGCAAGCGUUUCCCGCCCGGGAAGCUCACUGGGCCAACCCAUCACUAAUUACUCGUCGUCGCGCGACGUGCAGUAUUUGCACCCGGCCAAUGUUACAACCGUUGCCCGCGAGCGAUCUGUCAGUCCCUCCAUCACCACGAACGAACGGAAGGUGUACAAAACGGCCAAGUACGAGUACAAAUCGAGCGGUGGCAGCACACUGCCGGCAGGUGCCGGACGGACGGAUCAGUCUGUUAGCGAGGUGUACCAGCGCAACAUUAAUCAGCUCGACACGCUUCUGAAUGAUCUUGAACGUGAGCGCGACUCAUCGCUCGACCGAAGUAACAGACAUUUGAACCGUGAUGGUAUCGAUUCUGGAUUACAUGAACCCGGUACGAAGAUCAUCAAAACCACCACCACGUACAGCAGUGCUGGUGGCAAACAGCAGCCCGUAAACCGAGAGCUGGUGUUCGAUUCGCCGAACAGCUACGAGGUGCGUCAGUCACGUUCCCGUCACCGUAGCCCACCGUACGAGAACCAUUCGUCGACGACGGUAAAGAAUGUAACGUACGGUUCCGACAGCUCCGGCAUCUACGGUGGCAUUAACCGGUCGGCCACACCGCAACGCUCCAUGACACCGGCCCGGUCGGAGGAGUACUACACCGAGACGCGUACCAUUUCGCCGAGUUCGGAUUUGGUGCCGCGUAACGUGCGCUACAACGAAACCGUCCAAGUCGAUGAUGCCGCCAACGUGCUACACAGUAUUCCCUUGUCGGACGACAUCUUGCCCCGUCCGAACACGAAGGUCACCACGACGGUGCGUACGUACACGUACGAGUUGCCACCGGACAGUGCGCCGGGCACACUCAACCAAACCAUCUCGUACACGAAUCAGGCAGUGAAUCAAACCACCAACACGCUGCCCGCUCCGGGUUAUCCGGAGCAUCCGACGCAGCAUGUGAACCCGGGCACGAAGACGGUGCUGGUGAAGAACGAAACCUUCAACACGGCCAACAACGUGCAGGAGUAUCCGGUGUCGUCGAUACUCAACCAUCCGCUGCCACCGAACACGGCGAAAACCAUCUACUACAAGAAGGACACGAAGCAUUCGACCACGAACUACUAUCCGGAUCAACCGACGGAACCGGGCUAUCCGAGCAAUUUCCGUGCGAUUGAGCCGCCUCCACUAACCGGUGCUCCGGACGGGCAGCCCAUGAAGUACACAGUGCAGGAGCCGGGAUAUCCACCCGGUAAUAACACCACGUACGUGUACCGUGAGGAGCGCACCAACACGAACAACCGAUACGGAUCGCCUGUCCCCGUGUCGGACAAUCUGUAUCCACAGCCGGGAGGUCCUGGCGGGGUUCCACCACCGACGACGGUGACGUACAAGUACAGCUCUACCACCACGAACGCGACCCGCAAUCUGUACCCUCCACCGGCGGAACGGGAACCAUUGCUGCAACCGUUCCCAACGGACGGGAUCGAUCGGAAUGACAUCGAUGGGAAUCCUCCCCGGCGUCUGGACGAUCUGAUGGCCACAUUUGGAGAGGAUGGCCAAAUCAUUUACCAGUCGAAAGUCACAUCACAAACCGAUAGUGCUACCGGACCGAGGCGAGUGUCGCCCGAACGGAACGGAACCGGACCUAAGCCGAUUGAUGACACCGUGGACCAGAAGACCGCCCCGAACCAGCUGGCAUCCAAGAAUAUCGCCGGUCCACCAGUAUACUAUCCGCCCGGGCAUGAGAUGUUCGCCAAGAAGGAGAUGGAAGCUAGCGGAUGGAGAUCACAGGGCGAAUAUGCGAAGGCUAGCGGGAUGUAUAAAUACGAGGCGGAGAGUAAAUCGAAGAGCUCCAGCAAAUCUGGUGCCGCCGUCGUACCCGUCUGUCUGCCGCUGUGCUGUGCGAUGCCCUGCUCGAUCAUGUAG